GGAGGCGGGUGCGAGGCGGCUCCUCCUCGUCGCGAACUCUCGGUGACCUUGGCCAAGUCACUUCAUUCCCCCCUCCCGAGCCGGCGCCUUCGUCUGUAAAGUGCGAAUUAUAAGCCCUGCCUACUAGAUGGGGCGUUUUAAGGUUCGGUGGCGAGACCUCGGCGGAGUGACUAGUAUGCAGAUACCCAUUCUCUGACUUGCUGGCCCUCUACUGACAUGGCCCACCGGGGUGGGGAGAGGGACUUCCAGACUUCAGCCCGGCGCAUGGGCACCUCGCUGCUCUUCCAGCUUUCAGUGCACGAGCGGGAGCUGGACCUGGUUUUUCUGGAUCAUAGCUAUGCCAAGCCAUGGAGUGCCCACCCAGAUGCCAGUAGUGCUCGCCCCACCCGCAUGCUCUUUGUGACUCCCCGGAGGCAACAUGAAAGUAACAUUGAAUCAGACGUCCCAAUAGAUGUGGAGACAGUCACAUCAACCCCUGUGCCGCUCUACGACAAUCAGAAGGCACGCAGUGUGAUGAACGAGUGUGAACGGCAUGUCAUCUUUGCCAGGACCGAUGCAGAUGCUCCUCCUCCACCAGAAGACUGGGAGGAGCAUGUCAACAGGACUGGUUGGACAAUGGCCCAGAACAAGCUCUUUAACAAGAUCCUCAAAGCCCUGCAGUCUGACCGGCUUGCCCGCUUGGCCAAUGAAGGGGCUUGCAAUGAGCCAGUACUACGCCGUGUUGCUGUGGACAAGUGUGCGAGGAGAGUGCGGCAGGCUCUCGCAAGCGUGAGCUGGGACACCAAGCUGAUCCAGUGGCUGCAUACCACCCUGGUGGAGACCUUGAGUCUGCCCAUGCUGGCUGCCUACCUGGAUGCUUUGCAGACACUGAAAGGGAAGAUCCCUACUUUGAUUGACCGGAUGCUUGUGUCAUCUAACACGAAGACUGGGGCUGCAGGAGCUGAGGCCUUGUCCCUCCUGUUGAAGAGGCCCUGGGAUCCUGCUGUGGGGGUGCUUUCUCAUAACAAACCAAGCAAACUCCCUGGCUCUCCUCUCAUUCUCAUUGCGUCCUCUGGGCCUUCUAGCUCCGUGUUCCCCACCUCACGCCGCCACCGCUUCUGGCAAUCUCAGCUAUCCUGCUUAGGCAAGGUCAUCCCCGUAGCCACCCAUCUGCUGAACAAUGGUAGUGGAGUAGGAGUUCUGCAGUGUCUUGAGCAUAUGAUUGGGGCAGUGAGAAGCAAAGUGCUGGAGAUUCACAGCCAUUUCCCCCACAAACCCAUUAUCUUGAUUGGCUGGAAUACAGGAGCAUUGGUGGCCUGUCACGUGUCAGUGAUGGAGUACGUCACUGCAGUUGUCUGCCUUGGGUUUCCUUUACUUACUGUGGAUGGUCCCAGAGGGGAUGUGGAUGAUCCCCUCUUGGAUAUGAAGACUCCAGUCCUCUUUGUCAUUGGGCAGAAUUCCUUGCAGUGUCAUCCUGAAGCCAUGGAGGAUUUCCGGGAGAAGAUUCGAGCUGAGAACAGCUUGGUGGUAGUUGGGGGAGCUGACGAUAAUCUCAGAAUAAGCAAAACCAAGAAGAAAUCAGAGGGACUGACUCAGAGCAUGGUGGACAGAUGCAUUCAGGAUGAGAUCGUGGACUUUCUGACUGGAGUGCUCACUCGCACUGAAGGGCACAUGGGCUCCGAGCCUCGGGAUCAGGAUGCUGAGAAGAAGAAGAAGCCUCGGGAUGCAGCCCGCAGAGAUCUGGCCUUUGAGGUCCCUGAGCGGGGCAGUCGGCCUGCCUCACCAGCUGCCAAGCUUCCUGCCUCACCCUCAGGCUCAGAGGAUCUUUCCAGUGUGUCCAGCAGCCCCACUUCCAGUCCCAAGACCAAAGUGACCACAGUGACCUCUGCCCAGAAGUCCAGUCAAAUCGGGAGCUCUCAGCUCCUGAAGAGACAUGUGCAGCGGACAGAAGCUGUGCUGACCCACAAACAAGCCCAAGCACAGUUUGCUGCUUUUCUGAAACAAAAUAUGCUGGUGAGGAAAGCUCUUCCUCCCGGCACCUCCUCCUGUCUUUUUGUUCCCAUUUCAUCAGAACAAACGGAGGAGGCAGAGAAAGAGGAUCUUAGGGUCCAGCUGAAGCGCCACCAUCCUUCCAGUCCUCUUCCUGGCAGCAAGACCUCCAAGCGACCGAAGAUUAAGGUGUCCCUUAUCUCCCAAGGGGACACAGCUGGAGGGCCUUGUACUCCUUCCCAAGGAGGAGCUCCAGAAGUUUCGGGAGGGAAGCCCAUCACCAUGACGUUGGGGCAGGCUUCAGCAGGGCCCAAGGAGCUCACAGGGCUUCUCACCACUACCAAGUCAAAUGCUUCUGAAGGGGGAGUCUCAGCCAGCCCAGCCUCCUCAGUCUCCAGCAGCACUGCACCCAGUGCCUUGCAUACACUCCAGAGCCGCCUAGUGGCCACCUCUGCUGGCAGCUCCCUCCCAGGGGCUACAUCAGCCAGCAGCCUCCUUCAAGGUCUCAGCUUCAGCUUGCAGGAUAUCAGCAGCAAGACCUCUGGCCUCCCAGCAAAUCCUUCCCCAGGGCCAGCCCCACAGGCCACCAGUGUGAAGUUGCCCACCCCCAUGCAGAGCCUGGGUGCCAUCACCACGGGCACCAGCACCAUUGUACGUACCAUUCCUGUGGCCACCACACUCUCCUCCUUGGGUGCCACUCCUGGUGGGAAGCCCACAGCCAUCCACCAGCUGCUGACCAAUGGGGGCCUCGCUAAGUUGGCAAGCAGCCUCCCUGGCCUGGCUCAGAUCUCUAACCAAGCAUCAGGCUUGAAGGUCCCUACCACCAUUACUCUGACACUGCGUGGCCAGCCCAGCCGAAUCACUACACUGAGCCCCAUGGGCUCAGGAGCAGCCCCGUCAGAGGAGCCCAACUCCCAGGCGCUGCCCUCCAGCUCACAGAUGAGGAAGAGGAGAUUUAGCAUUCAUCACUUGCCCUACAAAGUAAGCGCCUACCUCCAGGACCCUGAAGAUGCCGUGUGAUAUACCUUCCUUCACCAAGCUGGUGAUGGCUGCUGCACAGUGAGCCCUGGGUGCACACAUGCUGUCCUGCUGAGCUGUCCACUUGUCUGAAGACUUCUUAAGACUGCCAUUUUUGCCUCCCUGCCAACUGUCUUCAGAAUGGGCCUCUGGGUCUUAUGAAACCAUUAGGCUAGGUGAUACGGCGCCAGCAGAGGGAACAUCGUCCUCUGUCAUCUAUGGGUCUCAUUCCCGGAAUCCCCAGGUUCCUGAGCAGAUUUGGCCAUGCAUGGAUCAGAGGCACUUCUCCAGCAUUCGCUGUGACUUGACCCAAGUAGCAGUGUUGGACUGCUCACUGCAUUUAAUAAAGGAGUUCCUUUUGGAAGUCUGUGCUACCCCCAUGCCAAGUUGGGAGGAGACAGCCACAUGGUCUGGGGCCAUUCAGGAGUUAGGAUUGAGAGCCCUUUGCUGAGGACAGGGGUCAUCCUGGCCCACCAACACUUGUGCCGUACCAGAGGGCUGGUUUUGGACAUCACUGUUACUUUCACUGAACAGCCAUGGGUGAGCACAUCUCUGUCUUACGAACCACAUCAGAUACUGAGUUAGCCUGCUGAGACUUGGGAACUCCUAAAUUCAAACCCAUGAUAGAUCAAAGAGGACUGGGCUGUCAUCUUUCAGUCCCUUUGGCCACUAUAGAUGGCGGGGGCGGCAGUUGGCCACUAGGUGAAAGCUGGCCCCUUUCUUGUUUUCAUCAUGCUUUGGGCAGUUCCUGUGUGCAGAAAACCUGCAGGUCCAGAAAGACUGAAAAAGAGGAAUGGAACAAAUGAAGUGGCUUGAAGGAUAUGCCAGUAAGUCCUGUGGAGAAAAUGAUAGGGCCUUGAGGUUUUGCACCUAGUACCUAAGGAACUGUUGAUUCGACAUGGAGAUGAGAAGAAGAAUUUGCCAAGUCACAGGGAAGAACCCCCAAUCCCUGAAAUUUCUAUCUCCAGUGCUUGGAAGUGAAAUAGGGAUAACUGGCUAAGUUAACAUCUUGGCCUGGCUUCCCAGGAAGCUUAAGCAUCAAGAUAAUGAAGGCAGUACUCUAGUGUUUCUGUUUCCAUUCUAUGCCACUUCUUGUCUUCUUGCUUAGUAGUGGGAAGGUUAUUGGCAUUGACUCUACUGUGUGAGGCUCUUGGUACUAGCCUGAGUCCUGGAGAAUGAUCACUGAAGACGGAGUUCUGAGCCCCUCCUUAUGUCCUCACAAUACUUGUAUGCCAAGGUAGUUUUAGAUUUGGCAUCAUACCUGUCCUCCAGAUCAGGCUCUCGACCUUCUGUACUCUAGAAAAUUUCUAGCCAAGGUGUCAAUAAAUAGAGCAACCCAGAUGUGACUCCGACUCUGUUCAGUAUCAGUAGGCAGGAGGGGGCACAGCAUGCCAUUGCCUUGGUCCAGGGUCCUGACCCAUAGUGCAGCAUAUAUCCAAACCAGGUCCCCUGUAUUUAGUCCAGCAGCCUCACCUGCCAGUCUGACUGGCAGCCAGGAGGGAGUACACAGUGUGUAGGAGUCUGAGACAAAGCAAAAUGGAGUGCUGUGGGCAAGGAGGAGGCAUGUGUGAUAGGCGUGCAGAGAGCCUCUUGAACAACCAGGCCUCCCUCCCUGACCUCCUGCAGAGCUGGUCUCAGCAGUGAUUUGCAUAAUAUUAGGCUUCAUUCUUGCAUUAGUUGGUAGGUAACUGCUUUUGGAAAUUUAUUUAAGUAAGUUUGAGGAAGAUAAUGAAAUCUGAAAGAGGCAUCCAUGGGUCAGGGGUUUGGUAACUUUAAAGGCAGGAUAACACGCAAGUAGGAACCAAGGGCAGUAAGACUGUGAGACUACCGGAAACUUUUAGGAAUCAUUUAGGACAGGCAGAGGGUGCUGAACAAUCCAUUCAUGACUUAGAAGUACAGCCUAGACAAUGCUGGAGGGGUUGCUCCUGAAAGAUGCUCGCCCAGCAUCUCGUGUGUGCUGGGACCAAAGGAAAAACUAAUGUAUUGUCCUGCAUCUGUGUAAACCCUCGUAUGCUUCCCAUGGAUGACUUCCUGAGGCUUUGGUUGUACACCUUGAAGAAAGCCAAACCUGGAAAGGGGAGUUGUAAGAACAUUUCACCUUGGAGUUACAGACUAAAGGGGGAGGUGGUUGAAGUAAGGGAGUCAUGUUCUUCACACUUCUGUACCCACUCUUCUCGAAAUGUGAAAAGAAGCUUUCCUCCAUCUACCACGUAUCAGACCUAGAGUCCUUAACCUCAGAAGGCAAUACUACUGGCUGAGAAUGUAGACGGAUCAAGAAGGCUUUAGUUCAAUUCUUGACAUUCAACAUGACAGGUGCAUGUUGAUGCCCGAUGGAAGAUGUCCUUGUGCUUUAAGAAGAGGUCACUGAUGGAGAUCUUCUACCUGUUCUUGGCCCCACCACUAGAAUCAUCUUGGGCUGGGUGGGUUAUAGAAUUGAGGCACUGUCACGGUUCAUUCUUAUAUUAGUAAAAACAAAAAUAAAAGCAACUUUGGAUUUCUUCAA